AUGGCAGCUAGUCGUACCUUACUUCUCUGCGUCAAAGACGCUAAGUCUGGUGUCCUGUCGAACACCAACAAGUUUGUCGCCCUGAGAAAAAGUCCGCUACAGUCGACAUCUAGAAUAACUUCAUCGAGACGACAUGAAGCACGCUGGUUCUCUUGUUCACGAACGAGAUGGACAGAACGUCUUGAGCAAGAAGACAGCAAAAGCCAGCCAGUCAUUGAUCGGCAACGCUCGAAGGUAUUUCAUGAUGCAGAUGAAGCCGUAGCAGAUGUAAAGUCUGGGUCGGUGAUCUUCAGUGCUGGGUUCGGUCUCUGCGGCACGGCGGAGACUAUUAUCACCGCUCUUCACAAACGGGGGGAUUCUCUCACCGAUCUGACAGCUGUGUCUAACAACGCUGGGGCGUCAGGUGCAGGUGGUCUUUCGCCUCUGACACGGUCGGGACAAGUUACCCGUUGCAUUUUGUCCUACCUUGGCAACAACAAGACUUUGGAACAGAAAUAUCUUUCUGGGAAUAUCGCCAUCGAAUUAUGCCCUCAGGGAUCCUUGGCUGAGCGGAUACGCGCUGGCGGCGCAGGAAUUCCUGCCUUCUACACACCAACGGGAGUUUCGACUUUUAUCCAAACAGGUGGAAUUCCCACCCGCCUUGGUCCAAUUGACCCCAAAACGAAAAAAUCGGCCGUUUUAGAGUCCGGAACACCUCGCGAAACCAGAAUAUUCAGUGGCAAGACAUACGUGAUGGAAACAGCUCUCACAGGCGAUGUUGCAAUUUUGAGAGCCUGGAAGGUUGAUGAGGCUGGUAAUUGCCAGUUCAGGUACACGACUAAAGCUUUUGGUACUAUCAUGGCUAAAGCCGCACGCUUGACAAUUGUGGAAGCGGAAAACAUCGUACCUGUAGGUUCCAUUGACGCCAACGACGUUCACCUUCCUGGUAUUUACGUUGAUCGAGUUGUUCCUGCUACGGUCGAAAAGAAACUUGAACUGAAGAAGACUCGUCCCACCAACAGUGGGUUCGAAUCUGAUUCAUCCGCUACGUCCAAUUCGACAACAUCGUCCACGAAGUCUGAGGCUCUCGUUCGAAGGGAUCGUAUUGCUCGCCGUGCCGCUAAGGAGCUGAAACACGGCAUGUAUGUCAACCUUGGUGUUGGAAUGCCUACCCUUGCGCCUUCCUUCCUUCCCACCGAUGUCAAGGUUUGGAUACAGUCUGAGAAUGGUAUUCUCGGAAUGGGCCCGUAUCCAACCGAGGACGAAGUCGACCCUGAUAUUGUCAAUGCCGGUAAAGAGACUGUCACACUGGUGCCUGGCGCAUCUACCUUUGACUCGGCUGAAUCAUUCGGCAUGAUCAGAGGGGGACAUGUUGAUGUUUCAAUCCUGGGUGCCCUACAAGUAUCUGCCGCUGGUGACCUUGCAAACUAUAUGAUACCUGGAAAAGUGUUCAAGGGGAUGGGUGGAGCGAUGGACUUGGUCUCCAAUCCGAACCAGACCAAGAUUGUGGUCACAACAGAUCACGUGGACAAGUACGGCAAGAGCAAGAUUGUGGAAAAGUGCAGUCUACCAUUGACAGGCGCGAAUGUCGUGAGCACCAUUAUUACUGAUCUCUGCGUAUUUGAGGUUGAUCGCGUCAAUGGUGGCUUGACUUUGACCGAGCUGGCUCCCAGUGUUACCGUCGAGGAUAUCCGCGGCAAAACGGAUGCAAACUUUGCAGUUGCGGAGAGCCUUGGCCAGAUGGAUGAAUAG